AUGUCUAAUAAAACUAUUUUAGCUGUUGAAACAAGUUGCGACGAAACAGCUGUAGCAAUUGUAAAUAGCAACAAGCAGAUCCUUGCCCAUGAAAUUCUCUCACAAAAAGAACACAAAACAUGUGGCGGUGUAAUACCCGAAGUAGCAUCACGUGCGCAUAUGAAUCAUUUGAGCAACUUAAUAGAAAGUGCCAUAGAAAAAUCCAACCUUGAUUUUUGUAGCUUGGAUGCAAUUGCAGCAACUUCAGGACCUGGACUGAUAGGUGGGCUAAUAGUUGGUACAAUGAUGACUAAAGCUAUUGCUCAUGUAACAAAAAAGCCAUUUAUUGCCGUUAAUCACUUAGAAGCGCAUGCAUUGGUAGUGAGAUUGCUAUAUGAAGUAAAAUUUCCAUUUUUAGUUCUAUUAAUAUCAGGUGGUCAUUGUCAAUUUUUGAUUGCACAGGAUGUGGGCAAGUAUAUCAAACUAGGGGAAACUCUUGACGAUUCACUAGGAGAAGCCUUUGACAAGGUUGCCAAGAUGUUAGGCUUGGAUUAUCCAGGAGGACCAUUAAUUGAAAAGCUUGCUAAAAAUGGUAAUGGCACGAGAUUUAAUUUUCCAAGAGCGAUGAUAAAACGCCCCGGAUGCAAUUUUUCAUUUUCUGGUAUUAAAACUUCAGUAAAAAAUUUGUUACAAAAGCUUGAAAUGAAUGAGCAAGAUAUUUGUGACGUAUGUGCUUCAUUUCAAGAAUGCGUAAGCGAUAUAUUAUUAGAUAAAGUGAAUAAAGCAAUAGCUAUGGCUGCAUCUUCAAACAUAAAAAUCCACGAUUUUGUCAUUAGCGGAGGAGUUGCAGCAAAUAAAUUUUUGCGAGAGAAGUUAGAAAAACAAAUAAACUUAAAUAUAUUUUUUCCCCCUCCUCAUCUAUGUACGGAUAAUGCAGUCAUGGUAGGUUGGGCAGGAAUUGAAAGAUUGCAGAAAAAUUACACAAACUCGCUUAAUUUUCCGCCAAGAUCACGAUGGGAGCUAGAGAAAAUCUUGCCUUAA